GACUGGGGUGGACAGUGUGCAAUAAAGUACGCAACAAAAAGAUCCCACAAAAAGGAACAGUUGCCUCUAGAAAAGUGAAAAUUAUUCCAGACUUAAAGCGGACUGUGGCUGUUCGAAAGCUACUGAAGAAAGUGUAACCCCCAAAGGUUCAAGACACCAAAUAAGGAUUUUUCCCUUUCGUGGAGAUCGACUGGAGUCUUUUAAUUUCUUUGUCCUCCUCUUCAGCCCAGAGCCGAGAGGGGAGGCAAAGCUGCGGCAUCUGCGGGAAUGAAGUACAGCUACCAGUACCCGGUGUCACAGUACACCCGCUCUAACACACACUCACACAACACUGCCACUCAUUACACACCUUCACUCUACUCCAGCAGCUCGUACUCACCCAGCUACUACAGUUCCACCAAGUACAGCCCAACUACACUCAAUACUCCAACAUACUACACCCCUCCGGCUUACACACCUGCGUACAAUCCCACCUCCACUUACACAUCAGUCUACAGCAAGGCAUCAAGGCAGAACAGCUCUCCCAGGACAACUGUACAGUAUACUCCUACUGUAGCUCUCAAGCCCGCCCGGUCCGUGCGCUUCACGAACGAUGUCGUCUUCCAGGAUUUAAUCCGGCAUAGUGAGCUGGAACAGAUCGGUCGAUUUAUGAGGGCGAGGAAAGUGCGUCUGGACACCAUCUUCCAUUCUGGAAUGGCAGCACUCCAUGAAGCCGUGCUCUCAGGGAACUUGGAGUGUGUGAAGCUCUUGAUAAAGUAUGGAGCUGAUGUUCAUCAGAGGGAUGAGAAUGGCUGGACACCACUGCACAUUGCGUGCAGUGAUGAAUUCCCUGAGAUUGCACGGUACCUUCUCUCUCUGGGCGCCAGUGUGGAGGCAGAGAAUGAAAAUGGGGAGAAACCAGCAGACCUCAUUGACCCCGCCUGCAAAGAACUGGUCAAACUGUUUGAAGGCUGACCGGCAGAAAAACUUGAAGAAAAAAAAAAAAGCCAGCUUUAAAAGGACAUUCAAAUCACUCUUUUGAGUUUAUAAUUUUGUGUGGUUAAAUGUUCUCCUGAACAAUACAUGUAUGUUCUUAUUUUUGCUUCUUUUUUGAUACAUGGACUUCAAUAUGCAGUAUAAGGCUACAUAUGGACACUAAACCAUCCGAGAUAGUUUUUUAAAAUCAGCGUGAAUCACUGUGUGCAACACAUUUUACUUUAGUAAUCUGAUGUAUUUCUGAGUGAAACAGGAAAACAAUUGUAGGAUGGGACGUUAGGAUUUUAUCCAUUAGGAAUUGAUUGGAUUGUGAAAAGAGGAUGUUACAUAAAAGAAUGGAGCCAGGUUGUUGGAGAGGAUGGAGGGUCUGAGAAUUAAGAGGGAUUUGUUUUGAAGAUGGCAAGCAAGUUAUUUUGAGAAAAGGUUACAAUGACAAAAAUACUUUUUCUUGGUUGUGUCAUUUUUCACCUGUGUUCAUUUUCUCUUUGGUUUCACUGCAGUGUUUAUCAUAUACCAGGGGUCCCCUUGACAUGCUCCCAAUUUAUAUUAUUGUCACAAUUCUGUGUAGAAUAGAAAAGUGAUCAGUUAUGUGACAAGUGAUACAAUCCUGUUAAUGCAAAAUAAUGCUUGAUGGGUAACGCUCAUACCCGAAUGGAACAAUGCAUGUUGGUGACGUGUUUACACAGACACAGUUUGGCACAACUUUGUGUUUCCCAUCUGCUGGGCAGCAGGAGAGCACAUUGCAAAGACAAUCUGCCAUCAGAUUUACAUUUGAAGAAAGACUGAGUUGAGAGGGAAGAUGAAAGUGAAGGCACUACUGACAUUUUGAAUGUCUCUUGUUAAAGUCUUAUCUUUCAAUUAUUUUUUAUUUUUAUUUUAUUUUUUCAUAAAUAA